AUGCUUGUUCCCGACGGAAGGAAAACACCUCCGAUUAACAUCUUGACGGACUCCGAUGUACUUUACUACAUGUCGGCCCGUGACAACUAUCCUGAACUCUCGAUCUACGCAACAGUUGGACCUGAGGAUGUUGCAAGCUAUCAAUUUCAGUGUAGGGCUCCGUUUACUGUUAACGGAAGGUCGUACGUUGUGCCCGGAGCAGACCCAAGGGUGGAGGAAACAACACCGGAAUAUGACGCACGGGGUCCUUUAGAAGAGAUCUUCAAUGAGCAAGAAAUGCUAAUCAUCCAUAGGGUGCACAUGGAAAUGACCAUAUCCGACCCAAAUACAAAUUUGGUCGAAGACUUGACCUCAAAUAUGAUUUGUGAUGAACCACUCUCCAGAAACGAUUUCAUUGUCGUGAAUGAUGGCGAAGAUACUGAAAUGGAGACAGUUGCGGCCACAAAUGAUGGCGGAGGAAACAACACCAACUCUUCUCAGCCUGAAUAUCAAGCCUGCCACGAGUUCGGGGAUGUUGGGAUUGGCCUUCUCGGUUGUACUCAUUGUCUCAUUCCUCCAACAACUUAUGGUGGAAUAGACGAUAUUGUGGCUUUCUGGGAAGGAGUGCUGCCAGAAGGUGCCGCUCUUCCUAAGGAACCUGUUAGUGGAGGACCGAUCAACUCACCACCUCCGGAACCUCACGGUGGGCCUUACCUUAGUUUAACCUUAACAUGUGCUGAGUCAAACAACAUUUCUGGUGGCGAGAGUGAGGAUCAUGGUGGGUUAUUGCCCUGA